UUUUGUUAAUUGUAUUCUCAGCUAGGUAGCAGUGAUGGAAUUAACCUGUGCUGUUCAAAAUUAUGCAUGGGGUGUAAAAGGCAUAAAGAGCAGUGUUGCACAGUUUGCAAAAGCUACACAACCAGAUCUUGAGGUGGGAGAUGACCAGCCUUUUGCCGAGUUGUGGAUGGGAACUCAUCCCAGUGGGCCAUCAGUUUUGAAAGGUUCAGGAGUAAACCUUGACAAGUACAUCUCUGAGCACCCAGAGGUGUUAGGUAGCCCUGUCACCGAAAAGUUCCAGAACCAGCUUCCCUUCCUUUUUAAAGUUUUGAGUGUUAACCAAGCUCUUUCCAUCCAAGCACAUCCAAACAAGGCUCAUGCUGAGGAGUUGCAUCAAAGUCGUCCAGAUGUGUACAAAGAUCCUAAUCAUAAGCCAGAAAUGGCAAUUGCACUGACCCCUUUUCAAGCUCUUUGUGGAUUUAGGCCUCAGGAAGAAAUAGCAAAGCAUCUCACAGAGAUCCAUGAACUUCAGAAUGUCAUUGGAACGGAUUUUUGUGAUGCUUUUAUAAAGGACUCAAAUGAAGAAAACUUGAAGAAGUGCUUUAAUGCCAUGAUGACUGCAUCAAAGGAUGCCAUAGCUUCUGCUCUUUCAGAUUACCUGCAAAGAUUAUCAUCCUUAGAUUCUACCAAAGGAAAUGAACUUUUACGGGACUUGUUUCUGACUCUGCAUGAAAAGUACCCUGGAGAUGUGGGCUGCUUUUCUAUUUAUUUGCUGAAUUAUUUCACUCUUCAGCCAGGAGAAGCAAUGUUCUUGGGUCCAAAUGUUAUACAUGCUUAUCUUUAUGGAGAUUGUGUGGAAUGCAUGGCCUGUUCAGAUAAUGUUGUGCGAGCAGGUCUAACUCCAAAGUACCAAGAUGUCGAGACCUUAAUUAAUAUGUUGGAGUAUGAGAUGUUACCAGCAGAAUUGCGAAAAUUCAAAGGCAGUGCUAUUGAUAAAUACACUGUUUCAUAUGAUCCUCCAGUUCCUGAUUUUGCUGUUGAUGUGAUAGAGAUACCACCAGGUACAACUGAGUAUUCUUUGAGGACAGUUGAUUCAGCCAGUAUCAUCAUCAUUGUUGAAGGGCAAGCAAAAGAUUUAACAAUUUCUCCUUCACCUCCAGGAGAAGUGGCUCCAGUAACUGAAGUUCAUCGGGGAUCUGUCUUAUUUUUAGGUGCUGAACAGUCAUUGUCAUUCAAGCUUGAUGGGAACUCUCGAUUCUUGGCAUUUCGGGCUCUAUGUAUUCUCUAAAACUUAUAGGUUUUAUUAGUGAUGCAGACUGUUCUACUUGACAAAGGUUUGUGUAGAUUAUAUUCAGAUAUGAGAAAACAAGUACCAAUAGUAAUAUUUAAUCACUUGGUAUUGGUUUUUAUAAUUAUAACUAUGUACAUGUAUAAAAAUUAUUAAAACCAUUUUUUUUUUUUAAAGAGACCAAAAGUUUACACAUGGUACAGUACAUGCAUGUAUUCAUCACCUAGCUUUAAGUGGCGAAGCAUAUAUUGUAUGAGUACAUCAAGCAUUUCAUUCCUCUCAUAAUUAUAGCAUAGACCUUGAGAACAAGAUUUGUCAAGGAAAGGGAGUGCGGCUCAACCAAAUAGUAAACUGUUUAUGAAACUUAUUUCAUGGAAACCAAACUUAAUCGGCUACAUGUUCACUCUACUAAUGGAUAUUAGAGAUGGAUACUGAUGAAGGUUAGAAACAUAUAACUGCUCUUCAGUUAGGUCAGAUAAUGUUUUAUAUAACUUUAUACUUAUAAGAAGGGUUAACAUAUUAUUUUUUACAUCAAGAGUUGUGAAAAUUUUUAAGGGAUCAAAUCUUGGACUGAGGCCAUGGAAAGAACUACUAUAAACAUUAUUUUAUGAAUUAAUACUUUUAUUCAUAAUCUGUUGAACAAGUACAGUACUUACUUCUUAGCAUCAGCAUACUUUCAAGUUAUGAGGUAAGCAGUUAUACUUUGCUUUUCUGAAAGAUUGUAAACAUACUUUUACUGUAAAACUCUAGGACAUAUGUUAUCUAUUAAAGUACUAAUAAAACAAAUAAUUUCUUAACAUAAAAUUACCUUGCAUUUAAAAGAUGACAUUCGUAUGAUAAUGAGAUAUCAGUUAAUAAAAUGGCAAGAAACAUUUUUAAGCGUUAAUAAAGAAAAGGUAGCAAGCAGCAUUUUCUAAACUUCAGCAUGCUUGUACUGCAAGCAAAUGGUUGAUACAGGAGUCUUUACAAAAAACUUAGCCCUCUUCUUGUUCAGGGGAAUUACCCUGCACUAUGUAUGCUAAUCUAUGAAAUUUGCCAUUGAUGAAGACAUAGGGAUUGGAAUUAGGGUUGUAUACCAUCAGGUAACAGGCUACGCCAGCCAUCAUAUAGUAUAUUGUUUUGGCACAGUAUAUGAGAGGGGUGGCUAGAGGUGGGCAGUAAACGUUAAGGCCUCAGGGUUGUUACCUGACUGUAGGAAGAAGGGAAAAAGAGAAAGGAAGGAGACAAGCCAAUUCACUGUCUGACAAUUGACGUAGUGGCUUGAUCAAAUGGAGCUCGAGUGAGACUACAGGCAGUCAUCGGUUAUUGGCGGGGGUUCUGUUCCUGGGGUGUGCCGAUAAGAAAAAACCGCCAUUAAUGAAAACUUGGGGAUUUAUGGUGCCACAAUGGGGCUCAUGGCACUGACAACCGGUUAUCAGCGGCAUAAGCGCCUUCAUGGCACCGAUAACCAGAACUCGGCCCAUUAUGGCACCAUAAAUCGCCGAUUUUAUAGCGCUAGACAAGGGCCAUAAAACAGGAUCACCGAUAACCAGGGACUGCCUGUACUCAGGACCAGAGUAAGAUCCCACAUCAAAGGUUUUGAGUUCUUGUGGUGAACAGGAUUGUUCAAAACUCCUGAAAAACGAGAUUUCCCAGUAUGAAGAGAUGUCCACACCCUUCAGGCGCAGAACCAACACAUAUAAUCCUAAAAAGUUACUGCAGCUUCUAUCUCAGUAAAUUUACAUAAAUAUUUUACAACAAAUAUGUAUACUCAGAAUUUGUUACUGAUUUUAGUUCAUAUCUUAUGAUAUUAUGUGACCUAUAAUAAUUAUAGGUCACACAAUAAUAUAAAACUAAUUAUUAGAAAACACAUGUUAUUAGAAAACGCAUGUAGUAUAACUUUGUCAAAUUUAUGAUUGUUUUGUAAGAGGCCCCUACAAGGAGGGGUAAAUAAUUUUCAACUUCUCGUGAAAGGUAGGGUGAAUUUUUUAGAAUUUACUUUCUUACACCUUUUGCAUUACAUACCUUUUCUCUUCCAUUGAUGCAUUUUUUUUCUUAAACUGGUCGACCUCAAAAGUUUGCCUGGUCUGAGGUGCUGCAUGUUUUUUUUUUUAGCCUGGCUCUUAAGGAUUAAUAAUUUGCCUAAUGGUAUUAGUUCUAAGGAAAUCUAAGAAAUGCUCGAGUACACAUUAUAUUUUUUGGAAGGCCAACUAAUAUUAGGUACCCAAAACACUUGGCUGUGUAUAACUACAUUUAAAGUUGUCAUGGGGUUUUGGAAAUGGUAAACAUCAUUUGUUCAAGGUAUAUAGUUUCUUUAUUUGACUGACUUACUCUUAGUGUACCUUUAUAAAAUUCAGAGUGCACAACAAAUUUUUGUUAGAAACUGAUGAUUCUUGUGCAUUUAUUAAGAGGUAGUCUGUGCUGAUGUCUUAGAACUGAAUCAGUUUACUCUUCAUGUAUUGAAUUUAUUUUAUGUGGUUAAGGACUGAAGUUUUUUCACAUUCAGGUUGCACUGAUCAUUAUGGGGUAGCAAUUUAUCAGAAUAAUGCAAUUUUGGUUGGGUUUAUAAUGCAUGUGAUUUCCAUUAAAAAUGCUCUGGUGGAGCUGAAUUUACUCAUCUUUAAUUGUAAAUCACAUUGUAAAAUGGUGUGUUGGUUUUUAAAUUAUUGCUAAACUUAAAUAGUAGGAGUAGUUACACCAAUGGUUCCUGUCUUUGUAAGUUUAAUCAUCUUAAUUUUAGUCACUUCACUGAUAGUUUAUGUAUGCUAUAUAUUGUUUUACAGGUUGAACACAAGGGCUGUGAAUUACUCUAGUUAUUGUAGCAAACAUUCUGUUGUUGAAUAAUUAAAUGAAUUUCUGUA